AUGCCGCAGAAGCCAGUCAGAUUACCUCCUUUGCCGAGGUUAAAGGUUAGAAAGCCAUUGCUUCAAACAAAGUCCAACCCCUGUAUGGUUGUCAUGUCAACAUUAUUGAACUGUUGGGCAUCUAAUGGAGAGGGAAGUCAAGCUUGCAAAGAGCUAGAGCUGUCUCUGAAAGCAUGUAUGGAUACUAAUAAGGGCGGAGCCCAAGCUACCAGGUCGUCUAUAAAUUAUCAUGCUGGACGAUUGUAUCCAAAGAUCAGUGGAAAGUCUCAUGAUUAA